AUGAGAUUCAUAUUCCAGAAAUUAAUGGAUAGAGAAAAUUGUACAGAGGUGACCAACUUCAUUCUCCUUGGCCUAACAGUACACUUGGAGAUACGGCCUCCUCUCUUUGUGUUGUUUUUGGGCAUCUAUGUUGCCACUCUGAUGGGGAACCUUGGGUUAAUAGUAUUAAUUUGGAUGGAUCCUCAGCUCCACACACCCAUGUAUUUCUUCCUCAGCAGCCUGUCUUUCUUGGAUGUCUGCUAUUCCACCACCAUCACGCCAAAUAUGCUGGUGAACUUUUUAGUAGGCGAGAAAACAAUCUCUUAUGUAGCCUGCAUUGCACAAUAUUUUUUCUUUGCCAUUUUUGCAACCACUGAGUUUUUUCUCUUGGCGGCCAUGGCCUAUGAUCGGUACCUGGCCAUCUGCAACCCUCUGCUGUACAAAUCUAUUAUGACUAAGAGGCUUUGUGCCACUUUGAUUGUAGGAUCCUACCUAUGGGGCAUUGUGAACUCUAUGAUUCACACAUGUGGAUUGUUAAGAUUAUCCUUUUACACCUCUAAUGUUAUCAAUCAUUUCUUCUGUGAUCUCACACCCCUUCUGAAAUUGGCUUGCAAUGGUGUCUUCAUAAAUGAAAUGCUGAUAUUCAUUUUUGGCAGUCUGUUUGAAACAAGCACUCUAAUGAUUAUUAUCAUAUCUUACACAUACAUCGUUAUAGCUGUGCUAAGGAUUCGCUCCACUGGGGGGCGGCAGAAAGCAUUCUCAACAUGUGCCUCCCAUCUCACAGCAGUGGUCAUAUAUCAUGGGACAAUUCUCUUCAUGUAUUUCAGGCCCAAUUCCAGCUAUUCACUCAGCACCGACAAAAUGGCCUCUGUGUUUUAUACGGUGAUAAUACCAAUGCUGAAUUCUUUGAUUUACAGCUUAAGGAAUAAAGAUGUAAGGAAUGCUUUUAAAAAAGUGAUUGGGAAAAAGAUAUUUUCUCAAUAA